CAAUACUCUGAUACGCAGUGUCGACCUUUGAGUCUGCGACUCAGUCGACGUUUCUCCUACACUAAAGACAUUGAUCGAUUUAGUGCUUGUUUUUCUACGUGUUUUUUUUCUUGUUUUGUUUUCCGUUUUUUUUUUUCGUCACGUAAAACUAGCCAGUAAGAAGUUAGAAUCAUGGCUGAAACGGCUCUCGGUGGUCUUUCGGUCAUGACCACCGGGCUCGGCGACGAAGCUGAUUUAAGCGUCUUUGAAAACAAGAGCGGAUUAGCAGAAGAUUUAAAAUUUUUGGCCUCCAUGCCUGAACUGUGUGAUGUGACGUUUUUAGUCGGUGACACUCGCGAGCCAGUCUGUGCUGUUAAGGCCGUCUUGGCCGCUAGGAGCAGAGUGUUUCAAAAAAUGCUAUACACCACGCCAAGUCCUCAACGGAAAAAAGAACCGAGCACGGGGCCAAACAAAUUGCGAUUGUUUCUCAAACGGAGUAGCGAACCUCUACUAAAUUUACAAAAUCCAACGGAAAAGAGAGGAUAUACCCAACAAUUAGCUUCCAUUCACGAGCCCGCUACGCAUACCCAUCAAACGCUAAUUGCCGAAGAAUUUGAGCCUGACGUUUUCCGGCAACUCAUUGAAUACAUUCACACCGGUUGCGUGACCCUACAGCCUAGAACAUUGCUAGGUGUAAUGAAUGCGGCUGAUUAUUAUGGACUUGAUGAACUCCGACGUUCCUGUGUAGGUUUCGUGCAAUGUUGUAUCAAUGUUGAUACUGUUUGCGCUCUUUUGGCCUCAGCCGAACGCUAUAUACAAUACAAAUGCACUAAAUCUCUAGUCCAAAAGGUAUUAGAAUUUGUCGACGAACAUGGGAAUGAAGUAUUGAAUCUGGGAUCGUUCACUUUGUUGCCGCAACACGUCGUUCGUCUAGUACUCUGUCGAGACGAACUCAAAGCGGAUGAAUUCACAAAAUUCCAGGCUGCAUUAAUGUGGUCGAAGAAAUACUGCGACAGCAAUCCCAACAUCAGCCUCAAAGAGACACUCUCAAACUUUUUAGAAUUCAUUCGAUUCCAUCAAAUUCCAGCCAAUGUAUUGAUGCGGGAAAUCCAUCCAUUAGGAUUGGUACCGGAUCACCUAAUCAUGAACGCGUUAGCUUAUCAGGCUGAUCCCACUUGUGUAGAUCCAGCCAAGCUGUCACCAACACCACAACGUGGAGGCAGACGGCGUUCUCAUGCUCGUUCAAUGUCGGUCCAAUCGUCACUUGACCCAUACGGAUCGUCGACGACGCUCAACAGUGAAAGCGCCUCCUCCGAAAUUGAGUCUAGUCCUCGUUUGAGUUCCGAUGGAAGUCGCGGUUCACCCUUGGGUCGCCUUUCCAAUUAAAUUAUAAUUGUUUUGUUAACCUUGUUGUUUUGUAUUUCGUCAAAAACAAUCUAAUUAUUCUUUCAAUGUAUCCUUGUAUCCGAGUCAAUACGUAAGUAUACGUUAUUUAAUUUA